AUGGCAGCAGGUGUACCUGGUCGCCAGAUUGUACUUCCUCGUCCUACAUGCCCUCCGCUUUCUCGACAACAUGUUAGCCCUCCGUGUCCUAGCUUCCUGGCUUGGUCAACCAACCACAACAAACGCCUGGCAUCCGAGACAGACAAUUCCCAGCGAGUAUUGGACAACAAUUCUGCCCAGCAUCUGAAGCUGAGGGAGAGACAACGCUUUUUUGAAGAUGUCUACCAACAUGAUGUGGAUAACUACCUGCCUUCAACUCACCUGCAGAUAGACAGCAGGAAACCCCCAAUGGGAAGUAUCUCAUCUAUGGAAGUGAACGUGGAUGUGCUGGAGCAGAUGGACCUGAUGGACAUCUCUGACCAAGACGCCCUCGAUGUGUUCCUCAACUCAGGUUCAGGAGCAGAUGAGGGAGUACUUGCAUCCCCACAACCAGAAGCGGAAGACGAAGAUGAAGAUGAAGUGGAUGAAGAAGCCGAGGUGGUCUACAGGGCGUGUCCACCUUUGCAACGGCAAAAUGAAGUCCACAAUGGGUCGAAAUCACGCAUGUCCUCAACAUCAUCAGGCUCAAGCGAUACUAGCGGGGUUGGGGCCGAAACGCCUGUGAUUCAGUCAGACGAUGAGGAAGUCCAUGCCGACACCCAACUGCUGACCUCUGUUCCCCAAACCGGGGAUGAAGAAACAGAGGAUGAGGAAGAGGAGCAAAGAUGCCUUCUGACUAAAUCUUCAAAAAGAUUAUAAAGAUAAUAAAGAGUGCGGCGUCUUCCUCUUACUGUCUCUCCACAUUUGUGGAGAAACCCAAGCAUGGUUCACCUGCUGUUAUUUGUCCUUUGAAUAUUUGUAUGUGUAUUUAUAUGUAGAAAUAUACUUGUUCUUUUCUUUAGAAAAAAAAACUGUCAGGUGAAGCUCCACUUUGUUUCCUGACAUUUAACACAAAUUAUACCGUUGGGACUUCUCCAACGCCCACACACUUAAAUGCUCCGGCUGCUUAGAGCCUGAGGUAAACCUCUCCCCUGCUUGCUUUGUCUUCAGAGCAGGUACUAAAGCAGCCAUGUUAAACAAAAAAAAAAUGCAGUGCAUUAUCAAUUUGCACAUUUUUCUUUCAGUACAACAGAAAAGCCAUAAAAUUUCAUGCAAAAAAAAAAAAAAAAAAAACUCAUAAGUGGGUUGUACCUUAGCGAUGUGGAAGUGCCUCAUGCAAAUGUCUGAAGUCGUUUGAAGCCCAGCAUGACAAACAUUUUGUGGGUUGCUCUGGCUGAAACAUUUCCAACGUACUAAAAGUUAACAACUUUAUUCUCACGCACAUCCCUUUACAUGCUGAACGUUAAACAGCAGUAGAAAUACUGUGUUAGAAAAGUCGCUAACACUUUACAAUAAGGUACACAAAAUGACAGUAGUUAAUGAGGAACGAACCUACUUAAGCCUAACCACUAUUCAUUAGCUCUUCAUUAGUUCUUUAUUAAUACUGUAAAUUUGUAUGCUUUAGUCCAGUGAUUUUCAACAACUGUGCCGCGGCACACAAGUGUGCCAUGAGAAAUCGUCAGGUGUGCCGUGAGGAAUUAUUCAAUAUUACUUUUUUAAUUAACACGUAUUAAUAAUUUUCUGCAAAUAUGAUGUCAUUGUCGCGUGUCAUUGGUGUAAAGACUGGCAGAGAAAUGUAAUAUUGCCUCGUUCCUCUAAUAGACUUAGUGAUGCACGUGAGAGGUAGUGGUGACAUUUUGUAACAUUGUUGGUUAAAUUAGUAUGCGGAUCAAAAGGAUCUGCUGUGGCGAGUCCGUAAUCGGGAAAAAGCUGAAAGAAGCAAAUAACGUUGGUUAUUGGUGUGCCGCAAAAUUUUUCCAACGUAACAAACGUGCCGUGGCUCAAAAAAGGUUGAAAAACACUGCUUUAGUCAUUAGUUCAUCGUUAGUUCUUCAUUAGUUCCUCACUAACUACUGUAUUUUUGUGUACCUUAUUGUAAAGUGAGACCGAAAACACUGAAAAAAUUAAACUUUGCCGCUUCGGUUUUACAUAUUGUUAUAAUAAACAGUUAGGAUUACUUUCUAAAUGUCACCCAAAUUACAUAUAUGGUGGUUAUAUAGAGUCCGAGUAAAAUCAAACUGCAAAAAUCUUAGAAUUAUUUCAAAGAUGUCUCAUCUUUCCAGGAGUAUACUAAUGUUGAGUAAAUAUUGUGCAUCUGUUUCAUGUUUAAAACCCCCUUACACAAUCAUGUAGCUGACAAAACCUGUUGUUGUGUGCAUGUGUAAGCUAUUUACAUUAAUGCAAUGCAACGACAACUGGAGCUGUGAAUGCAUGCCUUCUGUGACAAUAUUUCCUUUAAUUACACAACAGCUUUGUGUUGCAUGACUCAAACUAAAGUGGCACCUGUUAUUAAUGUACUUUAAGUACUGAGCUGGAUGUGUUGUUCCUCUCCCUCCUUGUGUGAAAUGACUUGAAGUGGAUUUUUAAAAGACAAAGAUAUGCCUGUGUAAUCAAAGCGUGUGUUAGUUUGAGUGGGUGUGGGAUAGAAAUGCACUGGAGAAGUUGGCAAACUUCUUGAUAAUACAUUGUCAUUUAUCAAUAUAAUGGACGGACGUGUUGGAAAGAAAUCGGAAAAAAAACUUGAACUGUUUCUUGUCUUCAAUUGUAAUACCAUAGUGGAACAUUAACCUUUUUCAAAAGGUCCAACGAAAGCUGAAACGUACAAAAUCUGUAUCAAUUUUUCCAUUAAGAAACCAUGUAAAUCUAAUUAGUCUGUUCCAGACACCAACUAACACAUUUUAUUAAGAGUAAUUAUUAAUUUUACAUGCAGAAUGAAAUACAUGUAAAUAGAGCUGUAUACUUGCUAACUUUCAUUUUAUUGUAAACAUCUGCAGUAUAGACACACUCAUUAUUAAAACCUGUAUUAAUGCAAACUAAUUAAUGCAAUCACAUUAUAGGAUAUGCAACCCUUGUAGUUUGGUACAUGUUCUUUCUUGAUUGUUCAAUAGUGUUUCUGACCUUCCUUAUCAAAAUUUUGGCAAUUUUUUUUCAGCUGUCUUAAAUUAAAAAGAACAUAGAUUCUUCUAACACUGAGAUAUACGCGGUGUACUCAUGGAAUAUCGGUAUCAGAAUCAGAAUGAGCACCAUAAACCCUAAUCGGAGUAUUGAUUAUCGAUCGGAUGUUAACCGGAACGCAUGCUAACCGGGGCGGAUGCUAACCAAGGUUCCACUGUAUAUGGCACAAAUGGUGCACUGCAUGCAUUUAUUGAAGGUACACUUGAUGUCACGUCAUAAAGAGUGUAAGAACUAUACAGUAGGCCGAUAUGUGCGCCUGUGGAUUUCAAGACGAGUACAGUUGGAAACCUUUUCACAAAUUUUUGGUAGCAUAAACGUUAUGUGUAUGUUGUUUCUUAUAGUACUAUAAACAUGUUACAUCAAUAUGAAUAAAAAAUGAAUGGAAUUUUUAAAAAGGCCAAACCUCAAUUUAAGUUUGCAUUAUUAUAUUGUCUUCUUUCCUGUAGUCAUUCUCUUAACUCCAGGGUCGGCAAUCUUCAGCAUUAAAAAAAAAAGCCAUUUGAGCCCGUUUCCACCAAAUUUAAACCCACUUGAAGCCACAAAACCUAAAUUGUAGGUAACACUUCAUAUACAUUGUCUUUAAGUGUAUUGUCACGUUCCUUUUCUGUGUUCCUGACGGAAGUGACGAGCCAUACCUGUUGCCACCUGGCAAUUUGUCAUGUUUCUUAAGCCUUUUCUGAAGGAUUCUCAAUAAUUUCGGAUCAACAAUUGCAAUAAAAGUGUCUCAACACAUCAAUUCGUUACAGGUUCCAGACCGCUCUCCAUGUCA